AUUUCGCAACAUAUUUGAAAGUGUAUUGUGGUUGUUGCAUCAUGACCGAGGCAAAAAUCUUCCAGUUCCAGCCAUUUAGCUCAUUUGUAAGCUCAACAUUUUGGCACAAAUUGGCCGAAUUGAAAAUCGAUGUGGAUCGAUUGAAUGACGACCGCAAACCAAUCAAUGGUUUUUACACAAACUCCGAUGUGAUACACUGUUCACUUGAAACCGAUGCCACUUCAUUCAAUCGGGAAUUCGAAUCGCGAUCGAAUAAGUAUCAGAGUCACGGUGCAAUUGUUAACAAGAACAAGAUUGAGGAUUUCAAAUCGUGUGAUAAACUCGAAUUGGUCAAAGAAGAAGGUAAAUUAAUAUGGGAAGAUAUCACGAGUGGAGCCUGUUUGGAGAAACCAAGUCUUCUGUCCAGAUUUUUCAUAUUCGCAUUUGGAGAUUUGAAAGCAUUCAAUUACUAUUACCAUUUUGCAUACCCAUGCCCAUCGACGCCAAUUUUCGAAAAAACUGAUGACUCAAAAAUCAUCACCGAUGUGUUAAAUCCAUCCCAAUUGGAAGCCUUAACCAAAGUCUAUUUCCCAUUGUCCAGCGAGCAACGUUCAUUUUUCAUCAUCACCAAGAACGAUGCCGACGAAUUCAAUUAUAUUAAACUUUCCGAUAAAAUUAGCGCAACGAAUAAAAGCGAAAAUUUUGCCGAUGCAAAUUUGGAUGAGAUCUAUUUUUGUUUUUCGGAUCCGUGCCCAACGGUUGAAUACGCUGGCUGGCCGUUACGGUUAUUCCUAGUUAUGCUAACGCAUUUAUGUCCGAAUCUAAGAGAAAAGACGAUAAAAAUACUUUCGAUGCGCGUAAAAAAGUCGGUAUCGCUUGAGACAAGCGUUUUGUUUACAAUAAAACUGCCACCAGAUGAUGUUGACAUUCACAAUGUUAAAUGGAUUGGCUGGGAGCCAAAUGACCAAGGGAAAUACAUACCGCGUUGUGCGUCACUCGCAAAUAGCAUGGAUCCACAAAAGUUGGCAGAAAGUGGUGUUUACUUAAAUCUUAAGCUAAUGAAAUGGCGUCUAUUGCCCAGUCUCGAUUUGGAUAAAAUAUCCAAGGUUAAAUGCUUAAUCUUUGGUGCCGGUACUCUCGGAUGCUCAGUGGCCAGAAAUUUGAUGGCUUGGGGUUUACAACACAUCAGUUUUCUCGAUAGUGGUCAUGUGUCAUUUUCGAAUCCAGUGCGACAGAGCUUAUUCACUUACAAUGAUGCAUCAAAGAAAAAGGAGAAAGCCAAAACGGCAGCCGCCCGUCUAAAAGAAAUCCAUCCAGGAAUUGCUGCAACCGGUUACAAUAUUCACAUCCCAAUGCCGGGCUUUACAGUUGGUGAAUCGCUUAAAAAGCAAGCAACUGAAUCCCUGAAAACCAUUGAAGAGCUUAUCGAAAGUCAUGAUGUCAUCUUUCUGCUAACCGAUUCACGUGAGAGUCGUUGGUUACCAACAAUGCUGGCCGCAGCUCAUGACAAGAUCGUCAUAAAUGCAGCAUUGGGUUUUGAUAGUUAUUUGGUUAUGCGACAUGGCUGUAAUCCAUCGGCGAAUGAAGAUGCAGCAGAUGGAUCGACUAGUUCAGUUAUUGAUGGAUUAAAAUGCAUACCGGGCAACAAAUUGGGAUGUUAUUUCUGCAACGAUAUUACUGCCCCAGGUGAUUCAAUGAAAGAUCGCACAUUAGAUCAGCAAUGUACGGUAACUCGACCAGCUGUAUCGAAUAUCGCAGGCGGUUUGGCGGUUGAAUUGCUCAUUUCGUUAAUACAACACCCGCAACGGUCAAUGAGCCCGGCAUACAUUUCAAUCAACAAUCAUGACGUGCACACACAAAUCAAAUCGAUCCCAGAAGGUUUACUCGGCAUUAUACCGCAUUCAAUUCGUGGCUCACUCAGCAAUUUCGAACACAUUCAUCCCGCAACCGAACGGUUUGUACAAUGCGUUGCAUGCUCUAAGAAAAUCCUCGAUGAAUACCGCAAUCGAGGCCAUGAAUUCCUGUUUCAAGUCUUUGAAUCAUCGAAAUGCCUUGAAGAAUUAUCCGGCAUAUCGGAAAUGCUUAACGCACAACACGAAGAGAUUUUGGAAUUCGACGAAAGCUCAGACUUUGAAAUAUCCGAAUGAACAUGAGAGGCUAUAGCAAAAUUUAUUCAAAUAUUAUACAUGUUUUGGUAUAUUCCCAAUGGUUAAUUCCAAAGAUCGUCUUGUGAAAUUUAUCGUCUAAUUUGAAUAAGAGACUCCAACGUUGUUAAACAUAUUUAUUGUUUGAUUAAUAAAAUGUUUUUUUUUUUUUAAUUUUUCAUGAAAACUAAUUCAUUUUCUUCUUCAAAUUUUCAUGGAUUAUAUAAAUCCUUGUAUCUGCCUUUAUUGCAACUAUACCGAUUAUUCGUCAAUUUAUGUUUCAAAAUUCAAUUAUUAAAUCCAAAAUAAAUGCUUGUAAGACGAUUCAAA